AUGCAGGGCUUCAACAUGGGACGCUACGUCCCGCCAGACCUCGAAGGCACCACGUCAGGCAACAAGCUCAACAAGAAACACCCCCUCGGCGCCCGCGCCUCCAAGCUCGCCUCCGCCGGGAUCCUCACCGUCCGCUUCGAGAUGCCAUUCGCCAUCUGGUGCGCCACCUGCCCGAAACCCACGAUUAUCGGCCAGGGCGUACGCUUCAACGCCGAGAAGAAGCGCGUGGGGUCGUACUUUUCGACGCCCAUAUGGCAGUUCCGCAUGAAGCACGCCGACUGCGGCGGCUGGAUCGAGAUCCACACGGACCCCAAGAAUACGGCCUACGUCGUCGUCUCGGGCGCCACGAAGCGCGACACGGGCGAGGGGGACGGCCGCCAGCCGAGGGAGGGUGAGAUGGUCAUCAUGACGAAGGAGGAGCGCGCUCAGCUCCGCAGCAGCGCCUUUGCGUCGCUCGAGAAGACGAUUGAGGACCGGCAGCAGCUGGCGGAGGCGACGGAGCGCAUCGACGAGCUGGAGGACGUGGCGAAGCGGCAGUGGGACGACCCGUACUCGCGCAACAAGGCCCUCCGGAAGACGUUCCGCUUGGGACGGCACCAGCGAGAAAAGGACGCUGCAGUCGGUGAGGCGCUCAAGGACAAGAUGAGCUUGGGCAUCGAGUUGGUGCCCGCGACGGAGGAGGAUGCGCGCAGGGCAAAGUUGGUGGACUUUGGUCCCGACGAGGGGGUCGAUGAGGCGGGACAGAAAGCUUUGGCAAAGCCCCUUUUCUCGUCUUUAUCUACUUCUUCAGCCAAGGAUGGCAAGUCCAAAAAAUCGACUGUGAAGGCGGCGUCCAGGGGGACGCCCAAGGCUGAGGUGCUCGCUUCUAAGAAGAGGGACAAUAUCGUCUCCGAGAUUGUUGGAAACACGCGCAUGGCGAGAGAUCCGUUUCUGGUCGAGACAAAGGCAGAUAGGAUAGCGCCGAGGAUUCCUGGGUUGAAAAGGAAGCGCGACGAGGAAAGUGCGCAGGAACAGGAGGCGAUGAAGACCGUUGAGCACAGGCAGACUUUGCCUCCCUCGAAAUCUCUCGUGACCUAUGAUUCUGACUCGGAUUAA